AUGGAGAGCAAUAAUAUGUGGAUGAUGAGAUAUCCCAUGGAUGAGGAAUGUGGAGUGUGUGGAGGGAAGAUAAGUGUGAAGCAUGAAAGCGAGUGUGGACAUGUGUUUUGCUAUUUGUGCAUCAAGAGAGAGUUGAGAAUAAGAGGAAGGUGCCCUGUAUGUGGCAAGGGGCCGUAUGAAAUGAGUAGCAUGAUGAUUGCUGAUGGGCUUAGAAAAUGUACAAGAGACGAAUCUAAGAGAGAAGGAAGGAACAAGUGUGUUUUGAAGGCUUACGAGCUGAAGAAGCAUGCAAGGGAAGUGAAUGGAAAUGAAAGUAAAGGUGUGCUGGGGAGGAUGUGA